AUGGGUGUCGCGAAGAAAACCAGAAAAUUCGGCCAGGUCAAGCGAGUAAUAGGCCUGCGCGACGCACGCCUCAAAACAAACCAGAAAAAAGACGAAGAAGCCAAAGCCAAAGAGAAGAAGACCAUCAAUGGCGAAUUGAUCCGAGAAGCACCCCAGAUGCCCAGCAACAUGUUCUUCCAGCACAACACAGCGCUCGUGCCUCCCUACAACGUCCUCGUCGACACCAACUUUCUCAGCCACACGGUGCAGCGAAAGCUGUCAUUAUUAGAGUCCAUGAUGGACUGCCUGUACGCCAAGUGCAACCCGAUCAUAACGUCGUGUGUCAUGGCGGAAUUGGAGAAGCUGGGCCCAAAGUACCGCCUGGCGCUGCGGGUUGCGAGGGAUGAGCGGUGGCAGCGACUGGAGUGCGACCACAAGGGCACAUAUGCAGACGACUGUCUGGUGGACAGGGUGACCAAGGAUAGGAUAUACAUCGUGGGCACCAACGACAAGCUUUUGAAACGGCGCAUCCGUCGAAUUGCAGGGGUGCCGUUGAUGAGCGUGGCGAGGGGCAAGUAUGUGAUUGAGAGGCUGCCGGGGGCGCCUGAGUAA